CGGCGCGUCUUCCCGGCGGCCGCGAUCCUCCAGUCCGGGGUCUUUUCGAUUACAGUUCCGCCGCCCGACAAUGGCGGAAAACACGGAUACUAUAAUGGAGGGCAGGUCUCGGGACAAUUUCUCCGUCUCCGAAGAGGCUCGGCGAGUUGGUUAAAGGCCUGCACGCUUGUCUCUCUCUUCUCUUACCGACUCCCCCUAUCCAUCCCUCCCUCCCUCUUUCCUCCUCCUCCGCUCGCAGAAAUCUAUAAAGAACAAAAAAUCCGCCGGGGGAGGGGGUUUAUGCGCUGGAGUCGGAGAGCAGAGGCUAACCCAGGAAAGACGAGCGCUUCGCACACGGGACUUUCCCCCCCUUAGUCCCCAAAAAGGAGGGGGGAAAGUAAAACAAUCAAAGAAGGGAAAGGCGAAUGAAGACCGAGAAAGAAGGGAAUUCGCCUGUCUUUUUCUGGAUAUAUAUAUUUAUAUAAUUCGCGAAAAAUAUGGCCGAGAACGUUCUGGACUCCGGCCCGCCUUCAGCCAAGAGGCCUAAACUAUCCUCUCCGGCACUUUCGGUCUCUGCCAGCGAUGGAAAUGAUUUCAAGUCGCUGUUUGACCUGGAGCAUGACCUGCCGGACGAGCUCAUCGCCUCGGCGGAUCUGGGUCUGGUCAACGGCGGGGAUGUGGGUCAGCUGCACGUGGGCCUGCCCGGGGGGGCCGGGGGCCAGGACGCGGCCGCCAAGCACAAGCAGCUCUCGGAGCUCCUGCGGACAGGUGGCCCCCCCGCAUCGGCGCAGCAGCAGCAGGCGGCCGGUGGGAGCCCCAGCAGUGCGGCCAUGGGGCUCCUGAGCAGUACGAAGGCGUCCCAGGCCAUGCCCGGCAUGGGGGUGCAGCAGCAGCAGCAUGUCCAAGCCCAGCAGGCCACCAUGAUGCAGCAGCAAGGGAUGCUGAACAGGGGCAUGAUGGGACCCCAGAAGGGCAACGGACAGCCGUCGGCACCCACACCUUCGCAGCAGCAGGUCAUGAUGGGAGGGCAGGUGAUGAACGGCUCCCCACGCAUGUCCUACUCGAACCCUGGGAUGGGGAGCAAUAACAGCAGCCUGCUAGCAGAAACGCUGCAGCAGCAGCAGCAACAACUACAGCAGCAGCAACAGCUUGGUGCUGGAGCACAGACUGGAAUGAGGGGGACCCAGCAACCGGCAGCAAUGAAUAAGAUGGGGAUGAUGGGAAAUCCAGGAACCUACAGUGCAUCGUACGGCCAGUCGGCAGGCCAGGGGCUGGGGGGGGCUGGGCUGGGCCCACAGAUGCAGAACAAGCCCCCUCUUCCCAACAGCUUGGCCCAGUUCCCUCUGGACAAGAAGAUCCAACCUGUGCAAGGAUUGCCCAACAUGGUCUCCCCCCAGCCCACCUCGAUGGUAUCCGGGGGAGCCGGCAAUGUGGCGGCUGGGGGAAUGGUGUCCGGCUCCCAGGGCACCCUGGGUUCGGCUGCCCCCGGCGCGGCGGCAGUGGCGGCAGCGGCGCCCCCCACGGCCGACCCGGAGAAGCGCAAGCUGAUCCAGCAGCAGUUGGUGCUCCUGCUGCACGCCCACAAGUGCCAGCGACGCGAACAGGCCAACGGGGAGGUGCGGCAGUGCAACCUGCCCCACUGCCGCACCAUGAAGAACGUGCUGAACCACAUGACCCUCUGCCAGGCCGGCAAGGCCUGCCAGGUGGCACACUGCGCCUCGUCACGGCAGAUCAUCUCUCACUGGAAGAACUGCACACGACACGACUGCCCCGUCUGCUUACCGCUGAAGAACGCCGGGGACAAGAGGAACCAGCAGAGUGAGUCCAUGCUGGGCUCUACCAGCGUGGGCCUGGGCAGCUCCCUAGGCACCGUGUCGGGAGGCCAGUCCAGCACGCCCAGCCUCAGUGCCCCCAGCCAGAUCGACCCCAGCUCCAUCGAGCGGGCCUAUGCCGCCCUGGGACUCACCUACCAGGGCGCCCAGAUGCCGGGGCAGCAGCCCCAGGGUCAGAUGAGCGGCCAGGCAGGCAUCAGGUCGCUCGGCACCGUGGCAGGUGGCAGCCCCAUUGGCAUGAACGGGGGCGUCGGUGUCCAGCCGCAAUCCCAGCUGCCCGGGCUGUUGCCAGACGCCUUGCUACACAGCAGCAUGGGCCCCCAGAGUCUAACGAACGACAGCAGCACCGUCAGCAACCUGGGCUCCAUGCCAGCCACUGCCCCGCCCUCCUCCACCGGCAUGCGGAAGAGCUGGCAGGAAGACAUCACCCAGGACCUGCGGAACCACCUGGUGCACAAGCUAGUGCAGGCCAUCUUCCCCACUCCGGACCCCGCGGCUCUGAAGGACCGACGGAUGGAGAACCUGGUGGCCUACGCCCGUAAGGUGGAGGGCGACAUGUACGAGUCGGCCAACAGCCGGGCCGAGUACUAUCACUUGCUGGCGGAGAAGAUCUACAAGAUCCAGAAGGAGCUGGAGGAGAAGCGUCGCACAAGGCUGCAGAAGCAGGGAGUGAUGCCUGCUCAGGCAGGCCUGCCCCCUCCGUCACUCGGCCCUCCUCCGUCCCUUGGGCCCUCUCCGCCCUCGGGGCUGCCUCCCAGCAGCCCCCUGUCUGACCCCUCCCUCCGUCCCACGGUUCCCACCCAGAUGCCGAACAGGAUGCAGAGCCCCCCAGGAAUGGCCCAGUUCAGCCAGAUGGGAAUGCAGACCCUGGGCCAGAAGCCCACCCCUCCGAUCCAGAUGGGGUCACCCAUCAACCAGCCUCAAAUGGGCAUGGGGGCGCCACGGAUGGGACAGUCCAACGUGGCUCCACUCCAGAACCAGUACCUGCCUCCGGGCCAGUUCCCCAGCUCUGGCCCAGUCCUUGGUACCGGCCCAGUUGGGAUGGCUCAGCCUGUGACGCAAGGAGGAGGUGUGCAGCAGGGUCAGAUGCGCUCCCCUUCCUCACUUCCGGUCAGUAGUCCUGCGGCGCCGCCCGGCUCUGAAGGAGGAGCUACCAUCGGGUCCUCUUUGGGCUCCUUGACACCCGGCAGCGUAGGAGGGCGCUCCCCAUCCACUGGACCCCUGCAGCCGAACUCGCUCCCCCACUGCCCGGCCAUCCACCAGAGCUCGUCUCCCUCCCCCGCCCGCAGCCGGACGCCCACCCCUCACCCCGCCACGCCAGGUCUGCUGACGCCCCAGCCUCAGACCCCAACUCCUCCUAUGCUCGGUCUCCCAGCACAACAGAUGCAGCAGCUGGGAGCUGCUCUGAGCCUGGACAAGCCCAUGCAGCUACAGCAGCAGCCGUCGAUGUCCCCCCAGGUGGGCUUGGGCUCCUCCGGCCCUGCUCAGAACGCCCCCCUGGCACCCCAGCACCCGCGCACACCACUUUCCCAGAAGCCUUCGCUCAUGGCUGACGGGCAGGUCUCCACCCCGGCCUCGGUCAGCAGCGUCGACAUGGCGGCGUCCCACUCGGGCACCUCUCAGGACACGGCUGGCGCCCUGGACCCCCGGGUUGACCUCAAGCAGCAGGAUGAGGAGGAUGGAGGGCCUGGCGGGCUGAUGGCAGGGGGCGGCCUGGGGGGGAAGCAGGUGGACAUCAAGGCUGAGAAGUUGGAGGAAGAGCCCAUGGGCGACGGGGUCAAGACUGAGCCCAUGGACACGUCGUUGGGCUCAGCAAGCGAGGACCGCAAGCCGGAGGUGAAGACUGAAGCCAAGGAGGAGGAUGAGGCUUCAGGGGCGACUGGGACUCUCAGCUCGCCCGCCAGCACUCAGAACAGGAAGAAGAUCUUCAAGCCCGAGGAGCUGCGCCAGGCCCUGAUGCCCACCCUGGAGGCUCUGUACCGCCAGGACCCAGAGUCGCUCCCCUUCCGGCAGCCGGUGGACCCCCAGCUUCUGGGAAUACCUGACUACUUCGACAUCGUGAAGAACCCCAUCGACCUGUCCACCAUCAAGCGCAAGCUGGACACGGGCCAGUACCAGGAGCCCUGGCAGUACGUGGACGACGUCUGGCUCAUGUUCAACAACGCUUGGCUCUACAACCGCAAGACCUCGCGCGUCUACAAGUACUGCUCCAAGCUGGCCGAGGUCUUCGACCAGGAGAUCGACCCGGUCAUGCAGAGCCUGGGCUACUGCUGUGGGAGGAAGCUGGAAUUCUCCCCCCAGACCCUGUGCUGCUAUGGAAAGCAGCUGUGCACGAUACCUCGCGAUGCUGCCUAUUUCAGCUACCAGAACAGCUCACCACAAUAUGGGAUUCUUGCUGACAGGUACCACUUCUGUGAGAAGUGUUUCAACGAAAUCCAGGGCGAGAGCGUUUCCCUGGGGGACGACCCCUCCCAACCACAGACAUCCAUCGGUAAAGAACAGUUUGAAAAGAAAAAGAACGACACACUGGACCCCGAACUACUUUUGGAAUGUAUCGACUGUGGUCGUAAAAUGCACCAGAUCUGUGUUCUGCACAACGAUACGAUAUGGCCGUCAGGCUUUGUCUGUGAUGGCUGUCUGAAGAAAGCCAACAAGACCCGAAAAGAGAACAAGUACUCGGCCAAAAGUAAGUGGAGGCUCCCCCAGACCAAGCUGGGCAACUUCCUGGAGGCGCGUGUGAACGAGUACCUGAGGAGACAGGCCCACCCGGAAUCUGGUGAUGUCACCAUCCGCGUGGUCCACGUCUCUGACAAGGUGGUGGAGGUCAAGCCUGGCAUGAAGGCUAGGUUUGUGGACAGUGGUGAAAUGGCAGAGUCCUUCCCCUACAGAACGAAGGCGCUCUUUGCGUUCGAGGACAUCGACGGCGCCGACGUCUGCUUCUUCGGCAUGCAUGUGCAGGAGUAUGGCUCAGACUGCCCACCGCCCAAUCAGAGGCGUGUGUACAUUUCCUACCUGGACAGCGUACACUUCUUCCAGCCAAGGUGUCUGAGGACGGCCGUGUACCACGAGAUCCUCAUUGGCUACCUGGAGUACGUGAAGAAGCUGGGGUACACGACAGGCCACAUCUGGGCAUGUCCCCCGAGCGAGGGAGACGACUACAUCUUCCAUUGUCACCCAGCCGACCAGAAGAUCCCCAAACCCAAGAGACUGCAGGAGUGGUACCGCAAGAUGCUGGACAAGGCCGUGGCUGAGCGCAUCGUGCACGACUACAAGGAUAUCUUCAAGCAGGCAACAGAGGACCGUCUCACCAGCGCCAAGGAGCUGCCCUACUUCGAGGGCGACUUCUGGCCCAACGUGCUGGAGGAGAGCAUCAAGGAGCUGGAGCAGGAGGAGGAGGAACGCAAGAGGGAGGAGAACAGCACCUCCAGCGAGAGCAUCGACGCCACGAAGGGCGACAGCAAGAACGCCAAGAAGAAAAACAACAAGAAAACGAGCAAGAACAAGAGCAGCCUGAGCCGAGCUAACAAGAAGAAGCCGGGGAUGCCCAGCGUGUCCAACGACCUGUCGCAGAAGCUUUACGCCACCAUGGAGAAGCACAAGGAGGUGUUCUUCGUGAUCCGGCUGAUCGCGGGGCCCACGGCCAACUCCCUGCCGCCCAUCGUGGACCCGGACCCGCUGAUGGCGUGCGACCUGAUGGACGGGCGCGAUGCCUUCCUGACGCUGGCGCGCGACAAGCACUGGGAGUUCUCCUCACUGCGGCGCGCCAAGUGGAGCUCCAUGUGCAUGCUGGUGGAGCUGCACAACCAGGGCCAGGACCGCUUCGUCUACACCUGCAACGAGUGCAAGCACCACGUGGAGACGCGCUUCCACUGCACCGUCUGCGAGGACUACGACCUGUGCAUCACCUGCUACAACAGCAAGGGUCACGAGCACAAGAUGGAGAAGCUGGGCCUGGGGCUCGACGACGAGAGCGGUGGCCAGGCAGCGUCAGCCACACAGAGCCCCGGCGACUCACGCCGCCUCAGCAUCCAGCGCUGCAUCCAGUCGCUGGUGCAUGCCUGCCAGUGCCGCAACGCCAACUGCUCGCUGCCGUCCUGCCAGAAGAUGAAGCGCGUGGUGCAGCACACCAAGGGCUGCAAGCGCAAGACGAACGGCGGCUGCCCCAUCUGCAAGCAGCUGAUUGCACUCUGCUGCUAUCACGCCAAGCACUGCCAAGAGAACAAGUGCCCCGUGCCCUUCUGCCUCAACAUCAAGCACAAGCUGCGCCAGCAGCAGCUACAGCACCGACUGCAGCAGGCGCAGAUGCUGCGACGCCGCAUGGCCAGCAUGCAGCGCAUCGGCCCGCCUGGUGGCGGAGGGGGCGCCGCCAGCCUGCCAUCGCCGGGGAGCGGCGCCACCACUGCCCCUGGCACGCCUACGUCCAGUGGUGGCCAGACGCCCAAUUCGCAGACGCCCACCCAACCUGGCAUUCCGCCCAUGCCGCAGCCUGGGAUGGGAGGUGUCCCUCCCACGCAGCAGCCGCAACAGAUGCAGCAGCAGCAGCAGGUCCCUCAGCAGCAGCAGCAGCAGCAGCAGCAGCAGCAGCAGCUCCACUACCCCAUGCAGAUGGUGCAGGGGGCUGGCAUGAUGAAUUCACCCCAGCAUCCACAGCAGCAGAUGGUCUCCCAAGUGCAGCAGCCUCAGCCUGGCCCUGGCCAGCAGCUUCCACAUGGAAACGCCCCCCCCCAGCACAUACCCCGGCCCCCAGGCUCCUCCCCCCACCCUCCGUCCCAGGGAAAGCCAAGCCUCGGUCCGGCCACGCCCCCCCAGCAGCAACCCAACGCUGGUCAGCCUGCCUUGCAACCGCAGCAGUCGCCAGGCCCCCCACAGGCGGCCCUGGAGAUGGCCAUGAAGAUCCAGCGUGUCGCCGAGACGCAGUGGCAGAUGGCACAGGCGCAGAUGCUGCAGCGGCAGGCGGCUGGCAUGAUGCCCCCCCACCCACACCCCCAACCCCAGCAGCCGCAGGGCGUGCCCAUGAAUCACCCAGCCAGCAGCAUGGUAGGCAUGGCUCCUCAAGCUCAGGCGGCCGCACGUGCCCACAUAGAGCAGCAGUCCCCACAGGGCACCCCCCAGGGCCCGAUGGCACCGCAGUUCCAGCACCCCCAGCAACCGCAACCGCAGCAGCAGCCAGCUUGGGGUGGCCCAGCUAUGCAGCCCCAGCCCAGGCCGGGCAUGAUGGGCCAGAUGGGGCACCCAGGGAUGGUCCCUGGCCAGCAGCAGGUCCCCCAGCAGCAGCAGGCUAUCCGCGGCAGCGCCAUGGGUGUGGGCCCCGCAGGGGCCGCAGGGACGGUGGGCAGCAACAACCUGCCCCAGGCUGCCCUGCAGGAGCUGCUGCGCACCCUGCGCUCGCCGAGCUCGUCCUUACAGCAACAGCAGGUGCUCAAGAUCCUGCGGCUGAACCCGCAGCUCAUGGCCGCCUUCAUCAAGCAGCGGGCGGCCAAAUACCAGGGCGCAGCGGCGGGCGGCCAGCCGGCUCCGGUGGGAAUGGACGUGCAGGGCGUCAGUGUGAACCCAGGGGUCCCAGUGGCGGGUAUGCAGCUGGGGCAGGGGGUGGGCAUGUCACCAGUGGCUCAGCUGCAGCAGCAGCAGCAGCAGCAGCAAAUCCAGCAAAGGCCUCUGCUCAGCAGUGGUUUGCAGCAGCAGCCGCAGCAGGGAGCCAUGUCCAAUAUCAACCCCCAGUUCAGAGAACUGUUGCUGCGGCGACAUCUCCAACAACAACAGCAACAACAACAGCAGCAGCAGCAGCAGCAGCAACAGCAGCAGAUGAGCAACCAUGCACAGUUCCAGCAGCCCCAGCCCCCCCAGCAGCAAGGAUACCUGGGCCAGCCUGGAGGUCCGCAGCCUAUGCAGCAGCAGGGCCAGGGCUACCCUGGGGGUGUGUCCCAUCAGCAGGUGGCUGUAGCCAUUCAACAGCGCCAGCAACAGCAGAACACCAUGGUCGGGCUGCAGGGGCUUGAGGGUGCAGCAGCAGGUGGCGCUGCAGGUCCCCCUCAGCAGCAGCAGAACCCACAAGGCGGCCCUCAGCCUCAGAGCAGCCAGGUACUAUUCCAGCAAGCACUGCAUCAACGGCGGCUGCAGCAGCAGCAGCAGCAGCUGCAACAGCAGCAACAGCUGCAGCAGCAACAGCUGCAGCAGUUGCAGCAGCAACAGUUGCAGCAGCAGCAGCAGUUACAGCAGCAGCAGCAGUUACAGCAGCAGCAGCUGCAGCAGCAGCAACAGCAGCAGCAGCAGCAGCAGCAUCUUGGUGGGGGCUCCCCAGCCCAGCACAGCAGCCCCAUCAGCCCCCAGCAGCAGAUGGCGCAAUCGCCCCACCCCCAUCUGCAGGCUCCGCCUCUGGCUGCAGCCGCCUCUUCGCCUGGCAACCAAGUUCGUUCGCUACAGCCCUCCCCACGGCCCCAGUCGCAACCCCCGCACUCCAGCCCCUCGCCCCGCAUGCAGCCCCAGCCGUCCCCCCACCACAUCUCCCCCCAGACGCAGACGGGCUCCCCCCACCCCGCUCAUCUUCCCCAGCAUCAUUCAGGCAUGGUGGCGCCCCAGCCCCUACAGCAGCAACAACAGCAACAGAACUCUAUGGACCCAGGUCCGUUUGGCACCGACCCAAACGCCAUGCUGUCUCAGCUCAGUGGGCUGGGGGGGAUGCAUGGGGCGGGGGCGCCAGACCUGUUGGCCGGGAACAGAGCGGACCUGGGGUCCAAUGUCAAUCACAGUACCUUAGACAUGAUGUAGCAUUACAGUGCGUUGAAAGAGUUCCUGCGGGAAUGGCGUUAGAAUUGUCCUUUUAUUUAAAACUUUCAAAAUAAAGAACUGAACUUCCUAUGGGAGAUGCUGCAAUUAAAUCACGUCAAUGAAUAAAUAAAAUAAAUUGUAAGUUACUGCUGUUAAUAUAUUUUUUGCCAGUUGUACAAAGGUUUGGGGGGGAGAAUAGUGCAGUAUUUCAGUCCAUCUGAGAAUGAGACGGGGGAUAUUUUUGGGGCUUUAGUCUGGUUAUUUGCCUUUUUAAUAGAUAUUUUUAAGAUUUUAAAAAAUGGCAAAAAAAUUAAAGGACAAACUGAUUUCAAACAACAGGCUUUGUAUUUUUUUCCCCUCCACCCAAAGCAGUCAUGAUUGUAUCUGUUUUUCUGAGUGAGGUAGAUAUUACUAUUCUUGCUACUGCAAGUUUGUUUUUUUUUUUUUUUUUUUUUUAUCCAAACAUGUAUGUACUUUUUCAAAUGCUUUACUGUUAAAUUUUUUUUGUUGUCUGAAUUGUAAUUUCUGCUGAAACUUUGUUGAAAUGACUGUUAAAAUGGGAUUGAUAUACAUACGUACUAAGAAAGGGAGAUUUGAUAUCUUGUGUUUCUCCAGUUUUGCCACUUUGUGCAGUUGGGGUAACAUGUACAGCGACGAUGAAUAAUGGGCAGUCCUCGCCCCCCCCCCCCCCCCGUGAAUGUGCGUUCUGUCCCAUAGGCUGCAGAAACCAGAAGGGUCCUCUGUUACCAGUGUUUGGGACUCCUGCUGUUGAGCAAUGUGACUGUGCGAGAGGGGGAUGUAAUAGGAGACAAACUCCAUCUCUUUCAAUCAGUCUUUGGCCCUUGAGUUCUAAUGGGCCAUGUUCUCCGCAACUCUGAAACGUACGGUUCUCCCUUGGAAGAAUCUGGCAACUUCUCAGCUCUGUAAUCCUUGCCGCGUUUGGGAUUCAGUCUGUACUGUACAAAGUAAAUAUGUUUGUGGACUCAAGCGUUCUUUCUGUUAUGGAAUCAUUCAGAAAGAUGGACCUUAAGAUGAGUGACACUUUUUUUUUUGGGUGUCCCUCAUUUAAUUUCAAUGUUCAUUUCCUUGAAACAUGUAAAUAGUAAAUUUUGUUGCAUUAUGGGUGAGGGGAAUGGAUGUGACUAAUUAGCACGUUUCGCCUUUCUGUCAGGGUUCUGGGGCGGCUUCCUGCAGUUGUGACCUCGGGUACAUUGCUUGUACUGAGGCACAGACUGGCCCAAAUGCUGGCUGGUCUCUAGGUGGUCUGCUGUGUGUCAGUUCGAAACUGACACCUUUAAUGGCGGCUGGGCGGGGGGGGGGGGGCGGCUAAUACACAACAAUGUAAGCAGUGGCAAUAUGGGUUGAGACUUAUUUUAUUAAAAAAAAUCUGUCUUUAUAUAUAGAUUUAUUUAAUUUUUUGAAUAAAACUUGAAACUACAGAUUUUUUUUUUUUUUUUUUUUAAUUUAACUGAAUAUGUAAUGGACUCCACGCCUGUUCCGGUCCCUUAUGGGGCUACUGCAUAAAUUGUGGUUUGAAGAUCUGGGUGCUGUUACAUGCACAUAAGGAGAGAUGAUAUACACACACUGAAUUACUGUACAGACUGGCAUGGCAGCCUGACUUUUUUUUUUUCCCCCUUUCCUGAAGAAAGACGAACUUGCUGACUGGAAAAAGGACCUUAACUGAAUAUUUUCUUGUUUUCCAAGGUAUGCUUUGGCCACGUCUUUGGCGGACAUUUUGGUGCUUGCUGAAAGGAAGCAAAAAAGUGGAAUUGUCGCUUUUUUUUUUUUUUUUUCUUAAAUUAUUUUGGUGGUCUUUUUUUUUGCCAACUAUUUAAUUGUACAUUAAAGUAUGUUUGUAUCCCUGGGAAAAGUAC